GUGCACAUUUCAGGGAGCCUUGGGAGGACCCCGAAUCACUGAUGGAAUUGGGCAGUGCAUGGAGAUGGCUCAGCAGGACGAGGUCCCUGGCCCCACCUCUUCUGCCACAAACGUCAGCAUGGUGGUAUCAGCCGGCCCUUUGUCCAGCGAGUAGGCAGAGAUGAACAUUCUAGAAAUCAAUGAGAAAUUGCGCCCCCAGCUGGCAGAGAAGAAACAGCAGUUCAGAAGCCUCCGAGAUAAAUGUUUUGUAACUCAACUGGCCGGCUUCCUGGCCAACGGACAGAAGAAAUACAAAUAUGAAGAGUGCGAAGACCUCAUAAAAUUUAUGCUGAGGAAUGAGCGACAGUUCAAGGAGGAGCAGCUCAAGCAAGCUGAGGAGCUCAGGCAAUAUAAAGUCCUGGUUCACUCUCAGGAACGAGAGCUGACCCAGUUAAGGGAGAAGUUACGGGAAGGGAGAGAUGCCUCCCGUUCAUUGCAUGAGCAUCUCCAGGCCCUCCUCACUCCGGAUGAGCCGGACAAGUCCCAGGGGCAGGACCUCCAAGAACAGCUGGCUGAGGGGUGUAGACUGGCACAGCAACUUGUCCAAAAGCUCAGCCCAGAAAAUGACAACGAUGACGAUGAAGAUGUUCAAGUUGAGGUGGCUGAGAAAGUGCAGAAAUCGUCUGCCCCCAGGGAGAUGCAGAAGGCUGAAGAAAAGGAAGUCCCUGAGGACUCACUGGAGGAAUGUGCCAUCACUUGUUCAAAUAGCCAUGGCCCUUAUGACUCCAACCAGCCACAUAGGAAAACCAAAAUCACAUUUGAGGAAGACAAAGUCGACUCAACUCUCAUUGGCUCAUCCUCUCAUGUUGAAUGGGAGGAUGCUGUACACAUUAUUCCAGAAAAUGAAAGUGAUGAUGAGGAAGAGGAAGAAAAAGGGCCAGUGUCUCCCAGGCUCAGCAGGGAGCUGCUGGAUGACAAAGGGCCUGAAGUCUUGCAGGACUCACUGGAUAGAUGUUAUUCAACUCCUUCAGGUUGUCUUGAACUGACUGACUCAUGCCAGCCCUACAGAAGUGCCUUUUACGUAUUGGAGCAACAGCGUGUUGGCUUGGCUGUUGACAUGGAUGAAAUUGAAAAGUACCAAGAAGUGGAAGAAGACCAAGACCCAUCAUGCCCCAGGCUCAGCAGGGAGCUGCUGGAUGAGAAAGGGCCUGAAGUCUUGCAGGACUCACUGGAUAGAUGUUAUUCGACUCCUUCAGGUUAUCUUGAACUGCCUGACUUAGGCCAGCCCUACAGCAGUGCUGUUUACUCAUUGGAGGAACAGUACCUUGGCUUGGCUCUUGACGUGGACAGAAUUAAAAAGGACCAAGAAGAGGAAGAAGACCAAGGCCCACCAUGCCCCAGGCUCAGCAGGGAGCUGCUGGAGGUAGUAGAGCCUGAAGUCUUGCAGGACUCACUGGAUAGAUGUUAUUCAACUCCUUCCAGUUGUCUUGAACAGCCUGACUCCUGCCAGGCCUAUGGAAGUUCGUUUUAUGCAUUGGAGGAAAAGCAUGUUGGCUUUUCUCUUGACGUGGGAGAAAUUGAAACGAAGGGGAAGGGGAAGAAAAGAAGGGGAAGAAGAUCAAACCCACCAUGCCCCAGGCUCAACGGCAUGCUGAUGGAAGUGGAAGAGCCUGAAGUCUUACAGGACUCACUGGAUAGAUGUUAUUCGACUCCGUCAAUGUACUUUGAACUACCUGACUCAUUCCAGCACUACCGAAGUGUGUUUUACUCAUUUGAGGAAGAGCACAUCAGCUUCGCCCUUUACGUGGACAACAGGUUUUUUACUUUGACGGUGACAAGUCUCCACCUGGUGUUCCAGAUGGAAGUCAUAUUCCCACAAUAAGCAGCCCUUACUAAGCCCAGAGAUGUCAUUCCUGCAGGCAGGACCUAUAGGCACGUGAAGAUUUGAAUGAAAGUAUAGUUCCAUUUGGAAGCCCCGACAUAGGAUGGGUCAGUGGGCAUGGCUCUAUUCCUAUUCUCAAACCAUGCCAGUGGCAACCUGUGCUCAGUCUGAAGACAGUGGACCCACGUUAGGUGUGACACGUUCACAUAACUCUGCAGCACAUACCGGGAGUGAUCAGUCAGACAUUUUAAUUUGAACCACGUAUCUCUGGGUAGCUACAAAAUUUCUCAGGGAUUACAUUUUGCAGGCAUGUCUCUGAGCUUCUAAACCUGCUCAAGGUCAGUGUCAUCUUUGUGUUUAGCUCAUCCAAAGGUGUUACCCUGGUUUCAAUGAACCUAAUCUCAUUCUUUGUGUCUUCAGUGUUGGCUUGUUUUAGCUGAUCCAUCUGUAACACAGGAGGGAUCCUUGGCUGAGGAUUGUAUUUCAGAACCACCAACUGCUCUUGACAAUUGUUAACCCGCUAGGCUCCUUUGGUUAGAGAAGCCACAGUCCUUCAGCCUCCAAUUGGUGUCAGUACUUAGGAAUACCACAGCUAGAUGGACAAACAGCAUUGGGAGGCCUUAGCCCUGCUCCUCUCAAUUCCAUCCUGUAGAGAACAGGAGUCAGGAGCCGCUGGCAGGAGACAGCAUGUCACCCAGGACUCUGCCGGUGCAGAAUAUGAACAAUGCCAUGUUCUUGCAGAAAACGCUUAGCCUGAGUUUCAUAGGAGGUAAUCACCAGACCGCUGGAGAAUGUAGAACACUGAGCAGGACAACUGACCUGUCUCCUUCACAUAGCCCAUAUCACCACAAAUCACACAACAAAAAGGAGAAGAGAUAUUUUGGGUUCAAAAAAAGUAAAAAGAUAAUGUAGCUGCAUUUCUUUAGUUAUUUUGAACCCCAAAUAUUUCCUCAUCUUUUUGUUGUUGUCAUGGAUGGUGGUGACAUGGACUUGUUUAUAGAGGACAGGUCAGCUGUCUGGCUCAAUGAUCUACAUUCUGAAGUUGUCUGAAAAUGUCUUCAUGAUUAAAUUCAGCCUAAACGUUUUGCCGGGAACACUGCAGAGACAAUGCUGUGAGUUCCCAACCUCAGCCCAUCUGCGGGCAGAGAAGGUCUAGUUUGUCCAUCACCAUUAUGAUAUCAGGACUGGUUACUUGGUUAAGGAGGGGUCUAGGAGAUCUGUCCCUUUUAGAGACACCUUACUUACAAUGAAGUACUUGGGAAAGCGGUUUUCAAGAGUAUAAAUAUCCUGUAUUCUAAUGAUCAUCCUCUAAACAUUUUAUCAUUUAUUAAUCCUCCCUGUGUCUAUUAUUAUAUUCAUAUCUCUACACUGCAAAUUUUGGGUCUCAAUUUUUACUGUGCCUUUGUUUUUACUAGUGUCUGCUGUUGCAAAAAGAAGAAAACAUUCUCUGAGUUUUAAUUUUUGUCCAAAGCUAAUUUUAAUCUAUACAAUUAAAACCUUUUGCCUAUCACUCUGGACUUUUGGAUUGUUUUUUACAUUCAGUGUUAUAAUAUUUGAUUAUGCUGAUUGGUUUUGGUGGGUACUGAUGCGAAUUAAUAAAAACAUUUCAUUUCCAUGUUUA